GGUCGUCGGCCGCCAGCCCGCCUAAGGGGUGGCAAGCUGGCGGUGAACUGAUGGAGCAACGGAGCGGUCGGGGGGCCCGGCCUGAGGCGGCUGGGGAAGAGGAAGAGCCCGAGGUGAAGAAGCGGCGACUCCUCUGUGCGGAGUUUGCCUCGGUCGCGAGCUGCGACUCGUCCGUGGCCCAGUGCUACCUGACAGAGAACGACUGGGAGAUGGAAAGAGCGUUGAACUCCUACUUUGAGCCGCCCGUAGAUGAGAGCGCCGUGGAAAGCCGCCCUCAGACCGUUUCUGAGCUGGAAACCUGCCAAGAAGCCCUGGUGGUGCAAUGGUUAAGCACUCGGCUGCUAACCAAAAGUGUUGACCUAACUAAUGAAGAAACAACUGAUUCCACUAGCUCUCAAAUCAGCCCACCUGAAAAUAUUCAGCAAGAAGAUGACAGUAUGUUCUCAUUCAUUACCUGGAAUAUUGAUGGAUUGGAUCUAAACAAUCUGCCAGAGAGGGCUCGAGGGGUGUGUUCCUAUUUAGCUUUGUACAACCCAGAUGUGGUAUUUCUACAAGAAGUUAUUCCUCCAUACUGUAGCUACCUAAGGAAGAGAGCAAGUAGUUAUGAAAUUAUUACAGGUAAUGGAGAAGGAUAUUUCACAGCUAUCAUGUUGAAGAAAUCGAGAGUGAAAUUAAAAAGCCAAGAGAUUAUUCCUUUUCCGGGUACCAAAAUGAUGAGAAACCUUUUGUGUGUGCAUGUGAGUGUGUCGGGAAAUGAACUUUACCUUAUGACUUCGCAUUUGGAGAGCACCAGAGGGCAUGCUAAGGAACGAAUCAAUCAGUUAAAAGCAGUUCUAAAGAAAAUGCAAGAAGCUCCAGAGUCAGAUACAGUUAUAUUUGCAGGAGAUACAAAUUUAAGGGAUCAAGAAGUUACCAAAUGUGGUGGUUUACCCAACAACAUUUUGGAUGUCUGGGAGUUUUUGGGCAAACCCGAGCAUUGCCGGUAUACAUGGGAUACCCAAAUGAACUCUAAUCUGGGAAUACCCAAUACUUGUAAGCUUCGUUUCGAUCGAAUAUUUUUCAGAGCGGCAGCAGAAGAGGGCCACAUUAUUCCCCGAAGUUUGGACCUACUUGGGUUGGAAAAACUGGACUGUGGUAGAUUUCCUAGUGAUCAUUGGGGUCUGCUGUGCAAUUUAGAUAUAAUAUUGUGAGAUGCUUUUCAAAUAUGAGUUUUAAAUGUACUGUGUAGUUCUGUUAUGGACUUUUGCAAAUAUAAUUUGUACCUGUCUGGAAAGGUAGGUUUAAUAUGGAUGAAUUAUUCUUCUGGAUCAUUGUAACAGAAGAAGAAAAAGACUAUGAUUUUAUUUUGUGAAUUCUGUCCUAAGAUUUCAGAACUAAAUAUUAAUGUCUACUUAAACUAAGGCAUGCCCGUUUUCGGAAUAAGAGGCCUCUUAAUGAAAGACAAAGCCUGUUGGAGCUUUUAGCAGUGCUCGUAUCUGUCAGCUGGAUUCCAAGCAGGGGCCAACAUUGUCUCCAGGCGAGACUUUACACUUGAUAUGUUUUUUUAAACAGGAACCAAAAAUAGUUAAUAUUGUAAAUAAGUCUUAAAAAAAAAAAUGCCAUGAGGGAUUACUGAGUCCUUGGGACUAGGUCUUUUAAUUAUAUUUGGGAAAUUCAGACAAUCUUAAAUGAAAAAGCCAUGAUCAUCUCUUGACAACAAUUCUGCGUCAGACUUUAUUUUUGUCAGCUUACAGUGCACAAUUGGUAAGCUGUAAAUGAAGCCUUAUGCUUUAAAAUUCCUUGUCCUUUUUUAUUCAUGUUUAUAGUUAUCUCACCAACAGAGGCAAAGUUAGGCUUGAUAAUGAUUAAAGUCAGCUUUAUAGGAGCACUGGACUGUUUUUCUAAGAGAAAAAUAAAUGUGUAAAGAGAAAUAGCCUUAGUUUUGCUAUUUGUAAAAUUGAACUAUUUUGCAAGAGGUGAAUAAUGGGUACUUUAAAUGUGCUUUAAAGAAAUAUUUAUUUCCACUAGAGGAAUCUACUUUAAAUAAAGAAUUUUACUUGUUUGCAGCCUAUUUUAGUAAGUCUUUGUGCCCCGAUGGGAUUAAAGUUUUUACCUGCUUCCUGUUUUCUGACUCCACUGCUGCUGUUUCGAAGAAAAUAGCUUUCCAUGUUGCUUCUCACCCUACCAAGAAUUACCAAGGAUAUAUUGGCUUCCUCAGUAUAGAAAAAGGAAAGCUAAUGGAAAUAGUUAGAAUGAGAAGUGCCAAAUUAACAACUAAAACACCUAAAAGAAACAAGCUAAAUUUAUACACACUUCUUUUGUAGUGACAAUU